GGCUAGGAAAAUAACGUUGUCGGUGUAUGAGCAGACCAGUGUGGCAGGAAGAAAAUGUACUGUACAUCAGUGUGUCUGUAAGGGAAGCGGUUCCCCUCCUGCCAGCGCCCAUGGACGACGCCCAGGAACAACACACUCCCAUUAGGAACAAAUAAAGUCGAGGCUUUGUUCCCCCGGUUCCUCUUAGUGGAUUGUUCACCUAUGAUGGAACGAGCGAUGGAGCAGCUUAACGUACAGCUCAGUAGGCUGACCCGUUCCCUCCGCCGGGCCAGGACCGUGGAACUCCCGGAAGACAAUGAGACUGCAGUGUACACACUUAUGCCAAUGGUCAUGGCUGACCAGCACAGGUCAGUGUCAGAGUUGCUGCUCAAUUCCAAGUUUGAUGUAAACUAUGCCUUUGGACGAGUGAAGAGAAGUCUGCUACACAUCGCUGCCAACUGUGGGUCAGUGGAGUGUCUGGUUCUGCUGCUGAAGAGAGGAGCUAACCCAAACUACCAGGACAUCUCAGGCUGUACCCCUCUGCACCUCGCUGCUAGGAAUGGACAGAAGAAGUGUAUGGGAAAACUACUGGAAUUUAAUGCUGAUGUCAACAUCUGCAACAAUGAGGGACUGACUGCUAUCCACUGGUUGGCAGUCAAUGGGAGGACGGAGCUCCUCCAUGACCUGGUGCAGCAUGUGUCCAACGUGGAUGUGGAGGAUGCCAUGGGGCAGACCGCUCUACAUGUAGCCUGUCAGAACGGACACAAGACUACGGUGUUGUGUCUUCUGGACAGUGGAGCUGACAUCAACCGGCCCAACGUCUCUGGAGCCACGCCUCUUUACUUUGCCUGCAGCCAUGGGCAAAGAGACACAGCGCAGAUCCUGCUCUCUCGAGGGUCCAAAUACCUCGCUGACAAGAAUGGAAUCACUCCUCUGGAUCUGUGUGUACAGGGGGGAUAUGGGGAGACGUGUGAGAUCCUUAUCCAGCACCACAGCAGACUGUUCCAGACCCUCAUCCAGAUGACACAAAACGAGGACAUGAAAGAGAGCAUGCUCAGGCAGGUUAUGGAGCAUGUCUCUCAGCAGAGCGACAGUCAUUACCAGAGGAUUUUGACCAGUCUUGCUGAAGUGGCUACCACCAAUGGACACAAGCUGCUCAGCCUGUCCAGCAGUUAUGAAGCUCAGAUGAAGAGUCUUCUGAGAAUCGUUCGUAUUUUAUGCCAUGUGUUCCGCCUGGGGCCUUCAUCGCCCAACAAUGGCAACGACAUGGGCUACAAUGGCAACAAGACGCCUCGCAGCCAGGUCUUUAAGAUGUGUGCGAGGCAGAUGGAGGGGGAGACGGUACAAAAAGAUGAAUGUUCCUGGACAGGUUCUGCUGUCUUUGAUCCACUGGAGCUGCUGUGGCACUCCCUGGAGGAGUGGCUGGUGCUUAUCUCCACAGAGCUGGACAGGAACAGGAAGAACCCGUCUUCCUCCUCCUCCAGCAGUGAGAUAGCCUCUCUGCUUCUCAAGCAGCGGGAGGUCGAGCACUCCGCCUCCUCGCCAAAGCUGCCCUCCUUGCUCGAUCCUCAGGGCGUCAUGGAAACGGAGGUGUACGCCGACGGGGAGGACGUCAUCUCCAUGACAGCCAGUCGGCUCAGUGCUGUGAUCCAGGCCUUCUAUAUGUGUUUCUCCUGUCAGAUGCCACAAGGAAUGACGUCCCCUCGCUUUAUUGAGUUUGUGUGCAAACAUGACGAGGUGCUCAAGUGUUUUGUAACCAGGAACCCAAAGAUCAUCUUUAACCACUUCCAUUUCCUCCUGGAGUGCCCGGAGUUGAUGUCGCGCUUCAUGCAUAUUAUUAAGGGCCAGCCCUUCAAGGAUCGCUGUGAGUGGUUCUAUGAGCAUCUGCUGGCCGGCCAGCCAGACUCUGACAUGGUUCAUCGUCCGGUCAACGAGAACGACAUCCUGCUCAUCCACAGAGAUUCAAUUUUCAGGAGUAGCUGUGAAAUGGUUUCCAAGUCCACCAAUGAGAAACUCAAACAGGGCAUCGCUGUGCGCUUCCACGGCGAGGAGGGGAUGGGUCAGGGUGUGGUGCGGGAGUGGUUUGACAUCCUGUCCAAUGAGAUCAUCAACCCAGACUACGGCCUGUUCACUCAGUCAGCUGAUGGUACCACUUUUCAGCCCAACAGUAACUCCUCGGUGAACCCAGACCAUCUGAACUACUUCCAGUUCGCAGGUCAGAUCCUGGGUCUGGCUCUGUACCACCGACAGCUGGUCAACAUCUAUUUCACCCGCUCCUUCUACAAACACAUUCUGGGUAUCCCAGUGAACUACCAGGACGUGUCGUCAAUCGAUCCAGAGUAUGCGAAGAACCUGCAGUGGAUCCUGGACAACGACAUCAGUGAUCUGGGUCUGGAGCUCACGUUCUCUGUGGAGACGGACGUGUUUGGUGCAAUGGAGGAAGUGCCGCUCAAACUCGGAGGGACCUGCAUCCUGGUCACCCAGGACAACAAGGCCGAGUACGUCCAGCUGGUGACAGAACUAAGGAUGACGCGAGCCAUCCAGCCUCAGAUAAAUGCCUUCCUGCAAGGAUUCCACACCUUCAUCCUUCCCUCGCUCAUCCAGCUUUUUGACGAAUACGAAUUGGAGCUCCUGCUGUCAGGGAUGCCAGAGAUCGAUGUGCAGGAUUGGUGCAAGAACACAGAGUACACCAGUGGCUACGACCCUCAGGAGCCAGUCAUCCAGUGGUUCUGGGAAGUGGUGAACAGCCUGACCCAGGAGGAGCGGGUUCUUCUGCUUCAGUUUGUUACUGGAAGUUCCAGGGUUCCUCAUGGUGGCUUUGCCUUUCUGAUGGGUGGCAGUGGUUUACAGAAGUUCACUGUUACUGCAGUGCCAUUCACCUCCAACCUACUGCCUACCUCUAGUACCUGUAUCAACAUGCUGAAACUCCCAGAAUACCCUAGCCAGGAGGUGCUGAGAAACCGGCUGCUGGUAGCGCUGCAUUGUGGGAGCUACGGUUACACCAUGGCGUGAACACCCUCAGCUCCUGCUGCUGUGAGGGUCUGCAGACUCAACGCUCCCUCCUCCACAGACUCUUUUUGUACUCGGGCGCUGCUUUUGCUGGACAAAAAAGGGAAAUCCAGAUUCCUUUUUAAUGAGAUGCUGGAGAGGCACAACAGAAUGGAUGGAGACCGGGAUCUCCAUACCUGUGCCAGAACUUUAAAUUAUUGUUAUUAUUGAAGCUGGUAUCUGGUAAUUUAUGCAAAUAAUAAUUUAGUAACUUCUUAAUUUGACUUUUUUCAUGCAUACAUUAAUUUAAGAAAAAACAGCAUUUAUACCAUGAAUCAUUGACUUGAGAGACAGGAUAAUUAUCACAAUUAAGCAUAUUCAUGCAUGCUUACUGAAUGUUAAGGAGCUUUCCAUAUAGAACCAGUGUUAUUGAUUAGUUUCAAACCCAUUGAAUCAAUUAAACUGCAUCGUAUCCAUAUCACAGCUUCUCAGCGCAGAUGUCUUUAAGGGUCCAGCAUCAGGUCCACAUACCAGCACACUGGUAUAAAAGAACAAAUCUGAAUUGAGUUUUUUGUCAUUGUGUUUUGGGUGAGAAGCUCUUCUCCACUUAUCAGGGCUAGGUGUUAUCAGAGGUUUAAGAUGCCACAAUUCCAAUAUCAUAGCAGAUCUUUUCUUCUACCUUAUUGCACUGUGAAUAAACCAAAAUGUUUUAUUUUGUUUAACAAAAUAAGCCAAACUUCAGAAAAUACAGUGAAAUCAAUGCACUAUAUGACCAAACAUAUGUGAACAGUCAUUGGUGAUUGGUGAUAUCAUUCCAAAACCAUAGACAUUAGUGUGCUGCUAUAACAACCUCCGCCCAUCUGGUUUCAGGCUGCAGGGAUUUGCUCCCAUUCAGCUACAACGGCAUUACAUUCAUUUUGCGUCACGCGGAUGUGCACCCGGUUCCAUUCAUACAACAAUUCGGGUAUCCGCGUCGGUCUGGCUUCUAUGCGUUCGCAUUACCCGAUCAACACUCCACAUUAUGCUGUUAUCCAGGAGUUUAACGCUAUUUGGCUCUCUCUGUAUUCCUUUAAAGAUGAAUCAUAGUCAUGUUGGUAAUGGCCGUAGCGGUAAAUCUCCUCACACAGCCUCGCUUCAAAACAAUCACUCAGUUUGUUAUCUUUCUUCUUCUUCUUGGCAAACCAGCUUAACCAACUGGACUAGAGUGUGGAUCGAAGGUGCAGCAUGCGCAGGCGGCACGCUUGCUACAGAAAGUAUGAAUUGGCCUUUAGUGAGGUCCAACCCUGAAACAGGAAAGAGCCAAACACAAACUUUUGACACAAAGUUGGAAGAAUACUAUUGUCUAUCGUUGUUUGUUGCAGUAUUAAGAUUUACAUUUCAUUGGAACGAAGGGAGAAGAAACAGAAAUGAAAUUGAAGACCACAGUACAGAAUAAUGCCCACUGGGGAAUAACAAUACAGUGUGUUCUAUCAUUGCAGGGAAAAAGAUCAAAUUAUAAUUUAAUUUUUUAACAAAUAAGAUCACAUAUAAGAAUGAAUGCCAAGGAUAAAUAUUUAUUGAAAUCUUAACAAAAAAUUAGAUUUGAUUUCAUCAGGAGUUUAAUGUAUCCAAGACUAGACUUCUCCAGCUGUGAGGGAACACGUGUUAGAGAAGGACACGUGCAACAGUGAUGUAGGUUUGGCUCAGGCGUUUCCCGUUCAUCUCCAUAGCUGCAUGAACACAUCCAUGGAGCAUCAAAUGCUUUUGGUUUACAAUAUGUGAAAUUGUUUUUCUUUUAUGGAGUGAGUAUGUUGCGGCCAUCCUUAUUGUGCUUACUGAAUGAAUAGCAAUCUUCUUUAGUGAAAGCUGUCUGUAUUUGUUCUUGUGAAAUAGACUUUCACAAGGAGCAAUACAAUAUAUCUACAUGAUAAAUGUUUGGCUCGCAGUGCCAAAAAAUAAAAGUGGAAAUCAUUUUAAAUGCCUUCUUUAAUUUGUACUUUUGCCUACACAAACAUGCUGAACAUGUGUUUUUAUUCUAAAAGAGAUAUAUGCCAUUAAGUUUUCCUUGGUUCCAUUUGCAAAGGGAGUGUACAUGUUGAGUUAAUAUUUCAUAUGAUCUCUCAGUAUUGUUUUGAAGGCCUCGCCUGAAAUGCUUUUUUAAACUGCUGUUAAUGUUUAUUGAAAAUGGAUCCUUUAUAGAUAUUUCUUCAGUAUCAAAUGAUGUAUUUUACCAUAAAUAUAUGUUGUGCUUUGAGAUUUUAUCCAAUAAAAGUUGUUUUCACAAUC